AUGGCCAAGCGGGGUAAAGGAAAAUUGCGUACGGCGCUUGCGAAUCACACAGCACGAAGUCAGCAGCGCGCUUAUGAGAAAAAGAGGGAGCUAGAGAGGGGAAGCAAAGCAAAAAGUGCGCCGUCUUCUUCUGUGCCCAAGAGAACCGUUCAGCCAUUUUUGCGGGAUGAUACCAUUCUCCUCGUGGGUGAAGGCAACUUCUCUUUCACCCUUGCACUCCUCUCUGCACCGUAUCAUCAUCCGCCCCAUCGCAUUCUCGCUACAAGCUAUGAUUCGGAAGAAGAAGUCUACAAAAAGUAUCCAGACGCACGCGAUAUCAUUCACCAGAUCAGGCAAAUGUCUGGGGCACACGCUUCACGUAUACUUGCCUUCAAUGUCGAUGCGGGUGCUUUGCACAAGUGCGAUGCGGUCACCGGUACCAAUAAGAGUGAUCAGAGGCGCUGGAGUAAGGUAUGGUUUGGAUUCCCACAUGUGGGCGCUGGGCACAAGGACGAGCAUCGAAAUGUCUUGGCGAAUCAACUCCUUAUCUUACGUUUCCUGAUUUCUGUGGCGCCGUACCUGACGGAAGGUCCAUUGCCUGAAGCUAUUCAGGGGAGGAAAAGGCGUGCAGCUAGUGAGGAUGACGAAGAUGACGAAGAGCCCAUCGAAGCGGCCGAUGAUGAACCUGAUGUAUCUGCCACAUCGGUGCCGCCCAGGCGACAGGGGUCCGUUUUGAUUACGAUACGCAACGUGGUACCCUAUACGCUAUGGAAUAUACCCAUGCUUGGAAAGCGAUUGCGCGAUGUCCUACAGCCCAUUGCAGCGAGUGCGCCUUCGCCACCGAAAGGUAUUCGGGCUCCGACAGUGUCAGACGUGGACAAGAAUGGUGCUCAAUACGUCUUAUGGCGUAGUUUCGAAUUUGUACCAUCCAACUGGCCCGGCUACAGCCAUCGACGCACGGUGGGAUUCGUCGAGGGCUUGAGUACAUCACACAAUGAAGACCUGCUUCGCAGACCCACUCAGCCUCCGCAGCAAGGACAACCAUCUGGGCGCCAUGUAGGCACCGGAGAGUGUCGCACAUAUGAGUUAGCACUACAGCCUGUACACUAA